GCCGGGCUGUGCCUGCCGCGGCUCGCGCGCCCCCGGACACGCUCCCCAAGGGCUGGAAGCAGCUUUUGGCUACACGGACGAACCGAGCAGGGGGCCUGGACGGGGAACGGGGCCUUCCCCCAGCUCCCGCGCCGAGAAACGGAGCCCGUGGGCCACCGCGGCGGCAGCCCAGGUGAUUCCGCGCCCUGCCCAGCUCCGCCCGCUCCGCCUCUCCUCGCGCCAGGCCCGGCCUCCCGCCUCCGGCCUCGGCCGCCCCGCUCCCGCCCGCCAGGAGCGCCCGCCCCGGGGGUACGAUUGACGGACUCGCUGUUGCUCCAAUGGGGCGCCGGCCACGUGUGCAAAGUAACCAAUGGGGCUCGGUGGGCGGAGCGGGGGCGUGUGCAGGCGGCGCAGCGAGCGGCUUGUCUUGCGCGCUGCGGAGCUGUUCCCCUCCCGCUGCCCAGGCCCUGCCGGAGCCGCCGCCAGAUAUUUUAUAAAAUGUCUAAUGGUUAUGAAGAUCACAUGGCUGAAGAUUGCAGGGAUGAUAUUGGUAGAACAAAUUUAAUCGUGAACUACCUCCCUCAAAACAUGACACAGGAUGAGUUACGGAGUCUAUUUAGCAGUAUUGGCGAAGUUGAAUCUGCUAAACUUAUUCGGGACAAAGUUGCAGGACACAGCUUAGGCUAUGGCUUUGUGAACUAUGUGAGUGCUAAAGAUGCUGAAAGAGCAAUAAACACACUGAAUGGCCUGAGACUUCAGUCAAAAACAAUCAAGGUGUCGUACGCUCGUCCAAGUUCUGAAGUUAUCAAAGAUGCUAACUUGUAUAUUAGUGGACUACCAAGGACAAUGACACAAAAAGAUGUAGAAGACAUGUUUUCACGCUUUGGCCGCAUCAUCAACUCGCGUGUACUUGUGGAUCAAACUACAGGUUUGUCCAGAGGGGUCGCUUUUAUCCGGUUUGACAAAAGGUCAGAAGCAGAAGAGGCAAUUACAAGUUUCAAUGGUCACAAACCCCCAGGUUCCUCUGAACCCAUUACUGUGAAGUUUGCAGCCAAUCCUAACCAGAACAAAAAUGUGGCACUGUUAUCACAGCUGUAUCAUUCACCAGCUAGACGAUUUGGAGGGCCAGUUCAUCACCAGGCGCAAAGAUUCAGGUUCUCUCCUAUGGGUGUAGAUCACAUGAGUGGGCUUUCUGGUGUAAAUGUUCCAGGAAACGCAUCUUCUGGCUGGUGUAUCUUCAUCUACAACCUUGGUCAAGAUGCUGAUGAGGGAAUCCUCUGGCAGAUGUUUGGCCCCUUUGGUGCGGUUACCAAUGUGAAAGUUAUUCGAGAUUUCAACACCAACAAGUGCAAAGGUUUUGGUUUUGUGACCAUGACAAACUAUGAAGAAGCUGCAAUGGCCAUAGCAAGUCUUAAUGGCUACCGCCUGGGGGACAAAAUCUUACAGGUUUCCUUCAAAACCAACAAGUCCCACAAAUAACUUGCUCGUGCUUUUUGUAUGGAAUAGAUAAUUGAGUGACAGAAGUUAAAACAUUUUUGUUAGUGUAAAACUCAUUUUGCGCCAAUUUUCACAAGUGUUUGUCUUAGUCUAAAUGAGAAGUGAAAAAGGUUUUUAUACUCUGGGAUGCAACUGACAUGUUCAAAUGUUUGAAAUCCCACAAUGUUAGACCAAUUUUAAGUUCCUUAAGUUAUUUCAUUAAAAAUAUAUAUUAAAAAAACCAUAAAAUCUUAAGUAGAUUACAUUAACUAGACCCUCUGGAUGGUGGUAAAAUUGGAGCAUGCUUUCACUUAUGAGACUAACAUUUGUUCUAUUGAACGUUGUCUGCAAAAACUGGAAGUUUUUUUUUUUAUUUUUUUUAUUUUAAACUAUCAAGUGGACGCUGUUAGUAUGGUCCUCCCCUCAGUCCCCAAUAGCCUGGUAAAAAAGGUUGAGAAAUACUGAUGUUGGCAGUACAUUGCUUUUUAAAGUGAUUUUCAUUGCUACAUCUAGUUGAGGAUUAGACUUCAUAACAUGCAGGUCUUGUAAGUAGUAGCAUGCCAGCAUAACUUUUAACACCAUUGAUGAGGUAAGUUGCGCACUGAACAGUGGCCAAGUUGUCAAAUCAAAAGGUUUUACAAAAAAUUUUAAGCCCAGUUUUUCAUAGGAAUGGACCAAAGAGUUUCAGAGAAACUCGGAAGAUUUCAGAGUCAAAACGAAACUCCAAAAACAGUGUGAAUAUGUUUUUUACUUUAUCAAACUGAAUUUCUUCUGUCCAAAUAUUUAAUGCAUGAUGCACUACUUACUGGUACAUUGUAAUGCAGCAAGAUAAUUAUUCAGUUUCAAAGAUCAUUAUAGUUUGAAUUCCUAAGGGUAGUUCCAUUUUGUAAAAACAGUUAUAAACAUUUGAGCAUUGUAUUUCUCGCAUCCCUUCUAACGAGUGCUAGAUUUUUCUAUUUUAAUAGGAUUUUGUUUUGACAACUAGCUUUACUUAUUGAACACUCAGCAGAAAAGUACUUACUACUUGCAAGUUAGAUAUUAACAAAAAACUGAUUUGUAGAUUUAAAGAUUAAUCCCCCAAGUUUUCUGCAGACUGCCUUGAAACUUUGAGUUGUUCUGUUUGUUAAUUUUCUUUUGCUUUUUUGUGUUUUUUGUUUGUUUGUUUUUACUUUUGCAUUUAAGAUCAUUAAAUUUGAUUUUGUUUUGCUCGAA